AACUAUUCUCCUUUAUUAGCGCUGAAAGCUAUGUCGUACAAAGGAGUGGAACUGCGUGUUACAAAGAAUCAUGUGAUUAUGGACAACGGCAUACUUCAAGUAACGUUGUCAAAGCCAGACGGAAUUGUUACUGGAAUAAAGUAUAAUGGCAUCGACAAUCUACUUGAAGUUCUUAACGAGAAAGAUAACAGAGGGUAUUGGGACCUUGUUUGGAGUAAAACCGGAAGUAUUGGAACCACGGGAGUAUAUGAUAGGAUUCAAGGGACAAAGUUCAAGGUCAUAGUGGAAAACGAGGAACAGGUAGAGAUUUCAUUCACAAGAAAUUGGAAUCCCUCUCUUGAGGGCCAACUUGUCCCGUUAAACAUAGACAUCAGGUUUGUAAUGCUUCGUGAUUCGUCAGGCUUCUACUCGUACGCCAUCUACGAGCACUUGAAGGAAUGGCCUCCUUUCAACCUUCCCCAAACCAGGAUUGUAUUCAAGCUUAGAAAGGAAAAGUUUCAGUACAUGGUAGUAGCAGAUAAUAGGCAGAGAUACAUGCCUCUUCCCGAUGACCGGCUACCGGAUAGAGGCCAAGAGCUUGCGUACCCUGAGGCUGUCCUUCUUGUGAAUCCUGUUGAGCCCAAUUUCAAGGGAGAGGUGGAUGAUAAGUACGAAUACUCGUGUGAGAACAAAGAUUUGAAGGUCCACGGUUGGAUAUGCGAUGAACCGCCUGUGGGGUUCUGGCAGAUUACACCUAGUAAUGAAUUCCGAUCUGGUGGACCUCUUAAGCAGAAUCUCACAUCUCACGUGGGACCCACUACACUUGCUAUGUUUCUUAGCGCUCACUAUGCUGGAGAGGAUAUGGUGCUGAAAAUUCAACCCAAUGAACCAUGGAAGAAAGUUUUUGGCCCUGUUUUCAUUUAUGUUAAUUCCGUUCCAGAUGGGAGUGAUCAGUUUCGGGCUCAGCUUUGGGAUGAUGCUAAAAUGCAGAUGUUGAUAGAAGUACAAAGCUGGCCAUACACUUUUCUAGCCUCUAAGGACUUUCCAUCAUGGGAUGAACGGGGUUACCUCAGUGGUAGAUUAUUAGUGAGAGACCAGUACAUAUCUAAUGACGAUAUGUGUGGAGAUCGUGCUUACGUGGGCUUAGCACCGCCCGGUGAAGUUGGAUCGUGGCAAAAGGAAUGCAAGGGUUAUCAAUUCUGGACAAGAGCAGAUGAGAAUGGCUAUUUUUCUAUUUGCGAUAUUCGUGUUGGUGAAUACAAUCUUUAUGCGUGGCUUCCUGGUUUCAUUGGAGAGUACAAAAAUAACGUCACCAUUAGCAUAACCGAAGGUUGCGAUAUUGACGUGGGUGACGUCGUGUUCGAACCUCCAAGAUAUGGACCCACCUUGUGGGAAAUAGGCGUUCCUGAUCGCUCCGCUGCUGAAUUUUAUGUCCCUGAUCCUAAUCCCAAAUACAUUAAUCCUCUUUAUCUUAAUCACCCUGACAGGUUUAGGCAGUAUGGAUUAUGGGAAAGAUACGCAGAGUUAUAUCCUGAUCAAGAUUUGGUUUACACUAUUGGCGUUAAUGACUACAGUAAAGAUUGGUUCUUUGCCCAUGUUACAAGGAGAAAAGCUGAUGGCACAUAUCAAAGUACUACUUGGCAAAUUAACUUUCCUCUCGGCAAUGCAACGACUAGAGGAACUUCUAAACUUCGCAUUGCCCUUGCUACUGCAAAUGUCGCAGAAUUACAGGUUCGAAUAAAUGAUGCCAAAGCAGAGCGGCCCCUGUUUACGACAGGAGUAAUUGGAAACGACAACACAAUAGCUAGGCAUGGGAUUCAUGGUUUAUACCGGCUGUUUAACAUAGACGUACCAGGAUCCGUGCUUGUGGAAGGGAACAACAAAAUAUUUCUAACACAGGCAAUGUGCACUAGCCCCUUUCAGGGCGUUAUGUAUGAUUAUAUUCGCUUAGAAGGCCAUCCUGCAUCUUCUACUGACUAA